CUACUACCAGACGUCCAGACUCCAGACCCACCGGUCACCACCGCGUCGCCGCCGCCCUUCUCCGCCCCCACCUUAUAUUAUAAAUACGGCAGGAACGGAAAGCGCCAGAGAUGGGAAUCACCUCCUCAACCUCCAGCCCAACCUCCAGCCCGGAAUCGAGAGCAAUGGCGCUCGCCAAGGCCAAGGAGAUCGUUGCCUCCGCUCCCCUCGUCGUCUUCAGCAAAACUUCCUGCCCUUUCUGCGUCCGUGUGAAGCAGUUGUUCGAGAAGCUCGGAGCAAGCUACAAGGCCAUUGAGUUGGAUAAGGAAAGUGAUGGAGCUGAGCUCCAGAAUGCCCUGAAGGAGUGGACUGGACAGAGGACUGUCCCAAAUGUCUUCAUCAAUGGGAAGCAUAUUGGCGGCUGUGAUGAUACUAUGGCACUGAACAAUGAUGGGAAGCUGGUGCCUCUGCUGACUGAGGCUGGAGCCAUCGCCGGUUCUGCCUCGAAGACAACCAUCACUGCUUGACAUGUGUGUUACCAUUCCCGUGCUUAAAAAUAAUGAUGCUUUGCAAGUGCUGAACUUGCAGAUGCUAUGUGGGAGUGACUGUUCGUUCCCUGUGUAAAACUCCCUAGACAUCAGUCGAGUCGUGUUGCUGUGGUGGUUGUGAAAUCUACAAUAAUCAUUGCUACAAUAAUGUCGUGUUCCCUAGACAUCAGAUGAGAAAGAUGAGAAGAAAUAACAUUAUAAUCUUAUUCGAACUAUCAUCUGUAAGCUUCUUUUGAUACAAUAUUUUUAUUUAUAGAUUUUAAAAACA